ACUUUAUGAACUACGUCAACAUUACUGACACACCUAUUAUUAUAUGAAUGAAUUGAGUGACAUAGAAAGUGUCAAAAAUUAAUUUAUCGUGUCACGAAACAGUUUGCCGAUAGUAACCCGUAAAUAUGAGAAACGAGAUAAUCCUUAACAGUUAACGAGUCUCGCGGCGAUAUGACACACCUGCGAGUGAGCAGUGCGGUGUGAGGCCACGCGACCGCUGCGUGCUCGCGCCGCCAGCAGACGAGGACGCGUCCAUCGCUAGCCAACGUACCAGCGGUGUCCGCGAUGGCUUCGAGCGAGUUCGCGGUGAGCUACGCGGGGAACACUUACGACCUGCGCAGCUUCCUGCGGGACCACCCCGGGGGCAGGAACACGCUGGAGAAGUUCCGCGGCAAGCCGGUGGCGCAAGUCAUGAAGCUGUACGGACACAGUUACAGUGCGUACCACAUGUUGGGUGACCUCAGGGUGCAGAGUGCGGGCGACGGCAACCUCACGGGCGCCGUCAGCGCCAACGGCAGGAUCAUCACGAAGGAUGAGGCGGAUAAGGAUCAAGAGGAGAUCGCCUUUUUAGAGGAGCUCGAGAGCAGACUGGACUGGUCGAAGCCUCUGCUGUCGCAGCUGCAGCUGGUGGCGCCGCACUACGGGCGCUGGGUCAACAGCGCCGUGUACCGCAAGUGCCGCCUGUUCGCCAGCCCCGUGCUGGAGAGCCUCACCUUCACGCCGUGGUACAUCGUGCCCAUGUUCUGGCUGCCCAUCAUAGUCGGCUUAGGCGUCUUGCAGUUCCGUGACCACGUCUAUUGCGGAGAUUCGUGCGAGGAGAGCGGUAUAUCGAGGCUAGAGUUCGCGGGCCACCUGGUGUUCGGCUUUUUCCUGUGGACGCUGCUGGAGUACUCGCUGCACCGCUGGGUGUUCCACCACGACCCCGGCGCCUCCGUCACGCUCAUACAGAUACAUUUCCUCAUACAUGGGAUGCAUCAUAAGGUCCCCUUCGACGGGCUGCGGCAGGUGUUCCCUCCGAUCCCGGCGCUGCUGCUGGCCAGCAUGCUGUACCUGCCCGCCUCCAUGCUGUUCGUGCACCCGCUGAUCAAGCUGACCGGCGCACUCUCAGGGUACCUGGUGUACGACAUGAUCCACUACUACGUGCACCACGGCGCGCCGCGCGACGGCACGUACCUGUACGCCAUGAAGCGGUACCACUCCAACCACCACUUCCAGAACCACGACAAAGCUUUUGGAAUUAGCAGUAAGCUGUGGGAUCACAUAUUUAAGACUUUUGUGCAAGUGAAGAACCUGGGAUUCAGCUUGCAGUGGUAACGAACCUACGAGUGGUACCUGCCAGGAUUGUAAAGCUUAAUACCACUGAUGUACAUAUCAUUAAGAGUUCGGAUGUAAAUAUGGUUAACUUGUAUACAACUGUGAUGCAACUUGUGGUUUUGUGGUUGGUUAGUUGGUUGUUAGGAUGUAACAGUUAUACGUCAUCAUAUCAGUCUCUUUCUGCAAUAUAUUUAAGGAAUAAAUAGCAUCUUAACAUACCUAAUAUAUUUUCUACUAUUAGAUUACUUUUAGAUUAGAUUUAAUUAUUAUUUUAUACAAAAUUACUUGUAGAUGCGAAAACAAAUAAACGGGCCUCACUCGCCUCAUAGACGUUCAGUUUUAACUGUAGAAUUUUAUCUAAUAGAAAUUUCAAUCAAAAUCAUGAGAAAAAACUGUACGGUUAAAAUGACUGACACUACACAUGGACUAUUUAACUGAACAGUUCAGUUUAAUCGUAAAAAAAUAAUAUAUACCUACGAGUGGGACUUAAUUAUUCUACCUCAGGAAGUCGGUUUAGAUUUAGAUGAAGUUGUAACUUGACGGCAUAAGUUAAGUUAAAACGCAAACAGAAACGCGUUAUUAUUUAGAGUAAUACCUACAGAAGGAGGCGUCAGGCAUAGAAACUCGUCAAAGGGUCUUAAAUAGUUCACUAGCGCUCUGCUAGAUUGUAAAAAAAUAUUAUAUUUUUUGAGACAUCAAUACAUAAAAAAAAUAUUUUUAAAUAUUUUUUAACUGUUUCAUGGUUCACGUUACUAUUGCGUUACGUGGCGUGGUUACACUAAACCUUAACCAAAUCAUAGAAAAUAUAUACCAAACGGCUUGAGAAAAUUAUUAGUUAUUAAUUAUUUGACGUUUAAUCCUUGAGUGACGUGACGUUCAAGUAACCUCGUGAUGUCACAGAAUAGACUACAGCGUUUUUGGCGUUUAGAAAAAUUUUAUAAAUACAUAAUUUUUAAAUUAAGUUUUCUAUGAAAUCCUUAACUAUUAUUAACUGAUAUUGAUAUAUUUCGAACCCUUAUCCCAUAAAUUACACAAAAUUAAUAUUGUUUUUAAUAGAUAAGCUCCUAUUUAGAAUCAAAGACAAAAUGAUAGAAGAUCUAUAUCUACUUAGAUAGGUAUAUAUUAUCUUUUCUUGUAAAAUAGGUAUAUUUUAUAAAUUAUUUUAAAAAUAAUUUAUGACAAUGGCGGAAUAUAUAAUAAGG